CGUCAUUUUAGAAGAAAAAAAGUGUCCGACUUUGCUUCAUUCUCGAACCCAUUCACAUUCACUUCAUCUUCUUCUUCACAUUCCAAUGUCCGAUCACCAGAGAAUCCACCCGGACCCGGUCACGCCGGCGACCGACUUGGAAUCCCAACAGAAACCCACCGCGCCAUUGGUGCCCAGAGGCUCAUCCAGGUCCGACCACGGCAAUCCGGCGGAGCCACAACCACCAUACCAGCGUACAAUCCCGAUCCAAUACUCCAAACCACCAAAGAAACGACACUGCUGCCGCCGCUUCCUAUGCUGCAUACUUUGCUUCUUCUUCAUCUUAAUCAUGAUCGUCGGAAUCCUAGCAGCAAUCAUCUACUUCGGAUUCGAUCCAAAACUCCCGAAAUACUCCGUCGACGGGAUGACCAUCACCCAGUUCAAUCCGAACAACGACAACACCUUAUCCGCUCAGUUUAACGUCAACAUUACAGCGAGAAACCCUAACACGAAGAUCGGAAUCUCAUACGAAGGUGGAUCAAGGUUGACGGUGAUUUACAUGGGAACGACUCUAUGUCAAGGUUCAUUUCCGAAGUUCUAUCAGGGUCACCGGAACACGACGGUGCUGAACAUUCCGAUGACGGGACAAGCUCAGGACGCCACCGGGUUGUUGAAUUCGUUGCAGGCGCAGAUACAGACCGGAGUUGUGCCGCUGGUUUUGAGAGCUAAAGUUCCGGUGAGGAUUAAGCUUGGGAAGCUGAAGUUGCCGAAGUGGAAGCCGAUUGUGAGGUGUAGAGUGAAUGUGAAUACUUUGGCUACUGAUAAUGUUAUCAGGAUCAGGGAUAGUAGCUGCAGUUUCAGUUCUUGAUUCGAUAUUCAUGAGAAAGUGGAGGAUCGUAGAUCGGUUUUUUCCUCCCUUCUCUCUCUAUAUGUAUACUCGUAUUUUGUUUACAUUAUUAUUACUAUACAUAUGUAUAUUUGAGAUAAUAAAGAUCAUUUUUUAUUUAA